UUUCGGGCCGACUAUUUUUUCGUUUCAUCAAUUUUCCCCUCAUGUUUCACCUAUCGAAAUAAAUAAAAUUAGUUCUUUCAACUCCCCAAAAUCAGCUGUUUAUUUUUUUUUGAUCCGGCAACGCCAUUCAAUUCUAUAUCAGUACCGGUUCAUAUUUUGUAACAUUUUACUUAUUUUGUUAAUAAUAAUGUUUAAUUAUUUACUUAUACUUAUAGAAAGUGAUAUUGGUGGUGUAGGCGCGAUGCUGAUUCAGUUUCAACGAUGGAUAAGUUCUUGAACCGUACAACGAAGGAAAAUAUUGAAGGUACGUCGCCUAAAAGAAAGCGAGAAACAUCAUGUGUGUGGCAGCACUUUAAGAAAACCGAGGACAAGACUAAGGCCACCUGCAUUCACUGUGGGAAAACGUUUAAAACGGCAGGAAACACAACUAAUUUAAUGGACCACCUCAAACGUAUACAUCCAAACUAUAGUGUUUUAGAAAUAGAUGGUCAGUCACCAAGUCUAGAUAGUUUGAUGCAACGAAAUAUGGAGUAUGAGUCCCAAAAGAAAAAAACAACGGAAAAAUAUGUAAUGCUCAUGAUAGCACGGGACGUUCAACCGUUUUCCAUGGUUGAGGACGAUGGAUUCCGUAAUUUAAUGCAGCACAUGGACCCUAAAUAUAAAAUCCCGAGCAGAACCUUUUUCAGAGAAGUAAUGCUACCUAAGAUAUACAAAGAUUUAAGAAAGGAUCUGGAAUGUGAGCUCGAAGGUGUCCAGUACGUUGCAAUUACCACGGAUGGAUGGACUUCCCGUGCAAAUGAAGCUUACAUAACGGUUACGUGCCACUUUGUAAACAAAAAGUUUCAGCUAAUUACAGCGGUCUUGUCGACGGCGAGUCUUUUGACGCCCACAAAUCACUCAGCACUCAAUAUCGCUGAUACUAUUCGGCAAGUACUAAAUUAGUGGAAACUUCUACAUAAAGUUGUAACUAUAGCUACAGAUAACGACGCUACAAUGAAGCAGGCAUUCGAACAUUUGCAAAUUAAACAUUUUCCAUGUUUUGCGCACACGAUUAAUUUGCUGGUUCAAGAAAUUCUCAAAUUGGAGAUUAUUCGACCCAUUCUUACCAAGUGCAAGACUGUUGUCGCAUUUUAAGGACGCUCAAAUGUUGACAGUCCCCCUUGGAUUAAUUCAAGAGGUACCAACUAGGUGGAACAGUGCCACAAAAUUAAUAUCGGGCGGGAAGUACCCCACUAUGUCCCUCGUAAUUCCAAUUGUCUGCGAAAUUCAAAUACAAGUGUUUUCUUAUAAACAUAGCUUUAAAAGCGCAGAAGCCAUUCUGGCAUUCAAUUUUUUAAGUGAUCGCUAUAAUGAUCGUUUUGGGCACUAUGAAACGCGCACCGUUCCUAGGAUGGCAACAUUAAUUGACCACAGGUUUAAAAAACAGGGCUUCCA